CCUCCUCCAAGGGCCAAAGGUAUCUCAUCAGUCGCUUGCAUCCAUCCAAGAAGAAGGCCAGGAACGACGUCGAGUCGUCGUCGUCGACGACGACGACGCUGCUGCUGCCGCGCAUACGCCUGGUAAUACGUUCACGGAACCAAUCGAACGCACGCACGCACGAACGGCCACCCACGGUCGGCAGAUGGGGCUCCUCGACCAGCUCUGGGACGAGACGGUGGCCGGCCCGCUGCCGGACUCCGGCCUCGGCAAGCUCCGCAAGUACUCCUCCUUCUCGCCCUCGUCGUCCUCCCCCGCUGCCGCUGCCGCCGCGGCGGCUGAGGCGCCGGCGUCGUCGGUGACCCGCAGCAUCACCAUCGUCCGGCCGCCGUCGCUCUCCGUCCCGUCGCCGCGCGGCGGCGAGCACAGCUCCUCCGUGCCAUCCUCCCCGGCCAGCGCGCCGGACUCCCCGUUCGCAUCCGCCACUACGCCCAAGGGGGACAGCUGGAGGAGGCUUCGCCGGAAACCCAGGACGGCCGACGCCGCCGUGCCGGAGGCCGCUGCCACCGUCGGGCCGAGAAGCCCCACCGUCUACGAUUGGGUGGUCAUCAGUUCACUGGACCGAUGAACUAGCACGAUCCAGCCUGAGAUGUAAUAAUCAAUCGAGCAGGGGACGAUAUGUAUGGCAAAGGAAGCUAGCUAGCUAACGUGCCUGAGGCUUCACGCAUCCGUUGUGUUUCAUCUGUACCUGUGGCUGCGUCCUGUGUGUAGUGAGGUGGUCUCCGGCGUGCAGUGUUCCUUUUUUUCCUAUGUAGCAAAGCGCCAGAUCACUGUAAAAAUAUGCAGUAGUAAUAGUGUUAGUGGAGUCAUAGGUGAUCUAGCUAGAGAGAUGUCAAUCCACUUGGGGAUGUAACACGAGUGCUCGCUCUGUUCUUGUAUCAUCCUCUGUAAUUAAGAAAAUGCAAAGCAUAUGUCUUUGCUUCUCUCGUUUGCUCGAGUAAA